AUGGCCGUCAAAAAGAACUUCAAGAAGCAGGAGGAGAAUCAGUUGAUCAAAAAUGAAGAAAUUUCUUCCAUUCACGCCAGAAUCAAGGUUUUUCCUUCCAAGUGUCCAUUCAGAGAGGCCACUCCUAAUUUCUUUGAAGAUAUUCGAAUUUCCAUUUGCAACUCAAGUUCUGAACGCAAAAGCCAACUUGUUCUGUGCUCAAUGUCUUCGUGGCCCCGCUCCCGGGGAGAAACUUUUGCGCUGCGGGGGGUUUGUUCUCCGGAAUUCUUGAAAUGUUUACUCGUUCAUGUUUUUCUAGGUGUAACUUCUCGAUGUACUGUAGUAAGGAAUGCCAGGAAACGGCGUGGUUGGUGCACAAACCAGAGUGCAGACGACUCAAGGCAAGCUUCCCGAAUCUUCCGCUGACUGAAGUGUUGUUCCUUUCGAAAGUGAUCGACCGUAUCCAGUUCAUUGAGAACAAUGGAGACAAAGUAGGCGUGGAGGCGGAAAGACCUUUUAAGAGUCUUGUGGAUCAUAAGAAAGAAAUCAGGUGAGAAUACUGGAAGUUGGGACAGUUUUGGAUAUGUCGGUUCCAGAGAAGACGCCACUAAAAUGGAGCACUUCGAGAAAGUCUUCACAAAAACGGGGUUGUUCCGAAAAGACGAAAUGAUUGGGAAGGAAGAGUUCUUCGACGUUUUCUGCAAAGUGACUAUCAACUCGCACAGUAUUCACACAAAUGCUGGAAAUGAAGUGGGAAUGGCACUUGACCUGGGAGUCUCAAAGUACAACCAUUCGUGCCGUCCGACUUGCUCCAUGGUGUUCGAUGGGUUCCGAGUGUGCCUCCGUCCUCUGGUACCGGGAGUUGAUUCCGAAAACACCGAACAAGCGUUCAUUUCAUACAUUGACGUGGGGAGAAGCAAGUUUGUUCGCAGAAGAGAUCUUCAAUCCCGCUGGUAUUUCCAUUGUGAGUGCUCCCGGUGCAUCGACCCAGAAGACGAUAAGUUGACGGCAAUCCGUUGCUCGAAUCCGGCAUGUGACGCCCCGAUUGUAAGACAGUACCAUUAUUUCAUGCCGGACUAACCGUUUUGCAGAUCACCUCGGAAACUGAGGAGCCAAUGAACAUUGCUUGCGAUAAGUGCACGACUAUAGUGGAAGAAAAUACGGUGAAGACGGCUCAAGAAUUCAUGAAGAGCCUCCCAGCGUCUUUUGAUCCACAGUGUCCAGCUGAUAUUGUGAGUUAUCCAGAGAUAUUAUCCAGCUCAUUUUAACAGAAUUCCGUAGGUUUUUAAUAUGUAGCUCUAUUCAGGAAGCUCUUCCAGAGAAGGUUUGUUUACUGAGUUCAAGCGUGUUCCUCGGACACCUCUCCUAUUUGCCCUCGAACUUUUUCGUUUUCUAUCCUCCUCUCGCACACUCUCCCUCUCUUCUCGCCGCUUUCCGUCGACGCUUGGCUGUCUCCCUUCUCUUUUCCCCCAGUGUCUAGUGACACUUCUAUGUCUUUCUCCCCGCUUUCAUAUAAAUUCGAAGCAUCGGUUGGUCAGUGGUACGGUGCUGCCCCGAUUUCUGAUUCUGAUUCGGGAAGAUCCGAUUCAGGGCAGCACCAGUGGUACUACGUAGAAUUCUCGCCUGCCACGCGGACGGCGCGGGUUCGAUUCCAGGUCGAUGCAAUCUUUUGAACCUCUCCAAGUGCACAUUUUGCCCAGAACCCUCAAUUUUUCCAUUAAAGUUGUUCAACUUUGUUUUUCAGCUCCAAGACCUGCUUGCCAAGGCUGAAGAGAUACUCCAUGCUUCAAAUGUCUACGUUGCCAGGUAGGAUCGCAAAGAUCUUCUGGACACAUUAAAGAUGUUGUCAGACUCCGAACGGCUCUGUUCCACGUUACUGGAAAUCUUACACUUGACAAUCUAUCCACUAUGCACACGCAAAUCUACAACAACUACAAAAUGUGCUUCCCGAAGGCGGAUCGUCAUGUCGGAUUCCAACUGCUUCACAUCGUGAAGGCUCUUGUCGAGAAAGAUGAACGAGAUGAAGCGAUGCCCUACGCAUUCGACGCAAUGAACAUCUUCGAAGUCUGUUUCGGAUUGGACCAUCCGUACUACCUUCAGACUCUUGCUCUCUGGACUUAUUUGGAGAAAAAGGUACGGAUCAGUUGGACCCUUCUGAGAAUUAUUCCUAUUUUUAGCUUCCGAAGCCAACUGAAGAACUCGUGCAACUAACAAACUUCUCUGACAACCGUCCAGUCGACAUUGUGAAUCUUCUGAAAAGGGCCAACAUGCUUCCACCUCCGCCGACCACCUCGAACACUGUUCUGCCGGUUUAA